CGUACAUUUUAAUAUAGUAUUUUAAAUAUUAAUCGUGCUGUCCAAGUUUUACUAAAUUGCGUAUUAUGUUUGCUGUGAAAUUGUUAACACAUAGAAAAGUUUUCUCAUCAUUUAGUCUUCGCUUCGCUCAGGCUAAUUAUGUAUAAUGGUGCGUUUGAAGUAGAACCUGAUGCUUCUGGCUUUUGUGAAUCACCUGAUGCUAAUGAAACACAUGAUAUACCCGAUAUAAAUGAGUUACCACCUUCAGUUCCCUCCUGUUAUAUCAUAAACCAGGCUUAUCAAAAUGAACUUGAAAUUUUUAAAGAGGAUCUGGAAAGGAAGCUGAUCGAGAAUAGAGCUUUGCAAGAGAAACUUUAUAAUGAAGAACCAGCCAUCAGUGAUGUUGCCCAUCCAAAUUCAGCACUCAAAUUCUUAGUACCCUAUUUUCGUGACAGAAAAGGUUUCAAACCUGAGGAUAACGAUGAUACAAAAAGUAGGAAACUUUCGGGUGCCAUAAAUUUUUUCUAUAGACGCAAGAAAAAACCAUGGAAUGAUCAAGAUAUAAAUAAUUUGAGGUCAGCUGUUGAAAGCUGUGUUCGCAGAAAAACUUUGGAACCUUACACUAGGAAACAAGAUUCUUUACUUGCUGAAAUAGAUCAAUUAGAAGCCAUUGGAGCUGAUCAAGAUACAUUGGAAGAAAAAAUUGAAAAACUGGAAAAUGUUAGAAAUGAAAUUAACGAAAUCUCUGAAUUACCAGUAACGUUUUUUUAUCCGCCUCCAGAUAAAAGUGAUGAUAUUGACUGGUUAUGGGUUUCAAGCCAGUGUUCAGCGCUAUAUAAUGAAUUCGAUUGUGAAAUUAAAUGGUCAAAUUAUUUACACCCUGAAAUAAAUCAUGAGAAAUGGACUUCAGAAGAAGAAAGUAAACUGAAACAACUCUGUAAAAAGAUACAUACCGAUUGGGAUAUGGUUGCUGUGAAUUUAGGAACAAAAAGAACUGCAUGGGAAUGUUUUGAAAAGUAUCAAUCCCACUUCAAUGAGAGGAUCGUACGAUCUGGGCAAUUCACUUAUGAAGAGAACUGUUUAUUGAAAAAGUUAGUGGAUAGACUUUCAAUUGGAGAUUACAUACCUUGGCAUCAAGUUGCAUAUUUUAUGACACAACGUUCACUAGCACAGAUAAAGCAUUUCUGGAAUAAAAUAAAUUGUAGUAGAAGAGGAGCAAAAUGGAAUGAACUGGAAGAUAAAGUUUUGCUAGCUGCUGUUGAAAAACAUGGAACUCGUAAUUGGAAGCACGUAGCUUAUUUCAUCCCAGGAAGAAGCAAUAGACAAUGUAGAGAACGGUACAUGAUGCGAUUAGGAAUAAAAGAUCGUAAACUUGCUGAUUGGACUUUUAACGAAGACUGUAAAUUAAUUCAAAUUGCUCCUAAUUUAAAGUUUCGAUGGAUUGAAAUGAUGGCGCAUAUACUUAAAAGAAAUGCCCGCCAAAUAGCGGCACGAUAUGAUACUCUUGAAAGAUGUCGAAUCGCCAAUGAUUUACGUUAUUAUAAAGAUUUACAAGAUUUGGUGCCGCGUAAAAAAUCAUCAAAAAGUAAUAAUUUUAUCAUUCCUGAGUUGCAACUAGAGGAAGGUCAAACUAUCGACGAUUUUUUGCGUUCCGGUAAAAAAGAAUUGGAAAUAAAUCUGAAGAAUAGUAAUUAUCGACCAAAAAUUAGUAGACUUGGAAAUGGAGGGAGACCGAAAAGGGCUGAAAGGGAUGAGAUUGUUGAACAAGAACUUGUCCACCGAUUUAGUUUUUAUUCUCUCAUUGGUAAACUCAACCCUCAAGUCAAAAGAUUGGAUCGUGCUAGUCAAGAAGCAAUUGUGCUGGAUGUUUUAAAUUCAUUAUUACAAGAUUAUUUUUCUGGCAAAUUACCUGAAGAACCUCAUCUUUUGGUACAAAUUGUAUCUGCUGUACUCAAAAAACAAGUGAUUGGAUUAAACCCUGAUAAACUUGGUUAUUGUCCACCAAUUUUCCCGCCCAACCUGGUUACAACAAAUUCUUACCAGUGCCUUUUAUUUAUGAAGCAACAUUUAAUAAAACAAUUAGAGGGAAAAACCAUUGAUACUAGUCAGCACGAGUGGCACCCAAAUUAUCGUGCACUUUUAGGCUUUCUCGUUUCUGUUUAUUAUUGGCCUUGCUUUCUUUCAACUCAACCACCAGAAUCAACUCAACCUCCCAAAAAUCAACUGGAUAAUAUGCAGCUAUUAUCUGAGCUUUCAACAAUUUCAUCAAAUUCAUCAACUUCAUCAACAUCAUCAGCAUCAUUCUCAUCAACGAAAAAACAUUCUAAACGAAGGAAAAAAUCUCAAUCACCAAAUAUAGAUUAUCUUAAUGAAGCAAGAGAGAAACAACGAUAUAUAUUUGCACUUUAUCAAGGAUAUCUCGAAUCCAAAGCGAGACAAGAAGUUAACCCACAAUCUAAUGCAAUUUAAAUUGUAUGUUUUUAUACCAAAUUAUGUUAUAUAAGAGUUAAAUAAAUAAUGAAAGAUAUUGAAAAAGAUUAAA